CCGGCGCACUUGCAGCACUGAUUCGCCUUUCACUGAGUCCACUUCUCUGUACCCCAGUUUGCAGAAUUCCAGGCACGUGCACAACUCAAGGAAUACAGGAUGGUGGAGGAUUGUGUCGAAGGAAUUACUGGUGACCCUUUCCCUUCCACGAAUGUUUGCAAACAAGCACGUACAUGGAGUUUGCUUUCAGCGGCAUCGGCUGAUACAUAGCAUCCGGCUGUAACAGCCAUUUUGGUGGUGUUGCUUUCUGCUUGUGCAUCUUGGCGUGAUGUCAUUCUGUCAGAUUUUCAGCUCUGCUAGAUUACCUCAGUGCAGCCCUCAUCACCUCGGCGACGGCUCGUCUACCCAACGAGCGUGGCUUCAUUGCAACCCCUUUCAAACUAGUGGGCGUAACUCAGGCUACUCUGAAGGAGUGGUUGUCGGAGAGCGGCCCACUUGCACAUACUGCAAUAAGGUCUUCAGGAAGAAGGGAACCCUGACAGCUCACCUUCGCAUCCACACUGGCGAGAAGCCAUUCCAUUGUCACCUGUGCCCUAGGAGCUUCACGCAGAGGGCAACUCUCGUGUAUCACAGGCGAACGCACACUGGAGAAAAGCCAUAUCAGUGUCGCUACUGUCCCAGGUCCUUUGCGCGAAAGAUGAUACAGAUGGACCACGAGCGCAGAAGGCAUCUGAAGCAUUUGAACUUUAUAGAACUGGGAUAUCUGCUUUUGGUUCGCACGGCAAAUCUAUGUAUGCCCAGCAGCGAAAAACGUGUUUAUGUGUGCGCAUUGCCAGAAAGCUAUGCACAAGAUAUGAUGUCUCCUUCGGAAAUUAAAAAAUACACAAAUGAAUGGACAGUACUAGUGCCAACAAUGUUUCACAACCUAGCUCAACAAGAAGCAUCUUACUCCUACUUAAAGAUCAAGCGUACUUUUCUUACCGAGUUAACACCUAAUCUUCAGAAUAACAAAUCGGGGUCUUUUACUUUAGUUGUGCUUUGCCAUAUUUUUGAGAGCCAUGUUCAAUUAUCUCUCCUACUGGCACGUAACACGCCAAUAUCCUUGGCUGACAACUGGCAGCCUUGGGAUAGCAAGCCAGCCUGCUUGUCUGUCCACAAAGCGUCUUGUGUCUUGCUCACAAUGUGUCACUUUGGUGCAGGCACGCUCGCUACGUAUCAUCGCCCUGAGUCAUCCUCUCAACUGUUCUCGAACAUGGUGAGGCGUCCACUGCGGCAUCCUGUUAGCAGCUACGCGACGAUUUCCCGCAAGAGGAUGGAAGGUCACCGAGGAAGAGAGCACAACGAGAAGGGUUCCUUCAAGUGCGACUACUGCGGCAAGGUCCUCAUGCAGAAAUACAACCUGGAAUUGCACCUGCGCACCCACACUGGCGAACGACCGUUCCGCUGUCCCCUGUGCCCCAUGGCGUGCGCUCAAAAGGGUGUCCUCGUGCGCCACAUACGAGCGCAUACCGGCGAAAAGCCGUUUCAGUGCAGUUUUUGUCCGGAGUUGUUCAGCCGCAAGUCGUAUCGGACGAAGCACGAGGAGAAAGUACACAUGCGGCUUGUCAUGCAUGCUGCACAAGGAUUGCAGGGUAGCUAAGCACCAGUUGAGCUAUGUGUGAGAGAAACGUUAUGAAAACUUGGCAGCGCAAAUGGACGAGACACAGAAAGAGAAGGAACAUAAAUGCUCUGUGUCCUACCCUUUCUGCGCCUCUCUCGUUUGUGCGGCCAAUUUUUCUUAAUAAAUCUAUACAAACUAGCCCGCCUAUCUAUCUUUCUGUGUGAUAGAAAAACUUUCACCUGCUGUGUGAAGAUAUGGGUUAAAAAAUUGUCAUGUUUUGAAGAAAGGUUGUGUAUAGAAUGUCAAUCACUGUGCACUCGUUAUGAGAAACAGAUACUUUAGAUGUCUUCUCAUUGCUUCACUUAAUAUAUUGCAUAUUUAUUACUCUUUCACGCAAUUGCAUUCACCGUGAUCGACUAUCUCGGAGUCAUAUAAUUCUUUCACGACAUUUUCCUUGCAAAGCUCAAAUAUUUCCAAAAUGCAAAUGUCCUGAAAGUACUGGGUAAAGCAUAUCAUAGGUUUAUGGCUUCAUUCAUUAUAACGAUUACAUUUCAUGUAUGUAAGAAGCAAGUUAAUAAACCAGUU